UCCGUCUGCACUUCCGGCGCGUUUCCUUUACCCACCAAUUAUUACUUUCCUCUUUUCCGAAUCCUAACAACGCCCCUGCCUCUCCUCUUUCUUAUGCCAAACGCUAAACCCUAGAAACUGAAAAUUUCCCUCCCAUGGCCCCCUAAACCUAGAAACUGAAAUCUUACCUCCCAUGGCCCCCAAGACGAAGUCAUCGUCUUCCUCCUCCUCUGAGAGUUCCUGCUCCUCCUCUGAACAGGAUGAUAAAUUGCAGUAUGAGUCUAAGCCCACAGUCCGUCGCGCGGAAUCCGCUCCCUCUGAAGAUGAGGAAUCUGGGGAAGGUAAAGAAGAAUCGGAGGAGGAAGGCGAUAAUGAAGAAGAUUCAGAAUCCGAGGGUGAGAAGGCGAAGCCACCUACUAAGGCUCACUCCUCCUCCAAAAUCAAAGACGAUGAAGAAUCAGAAUCCGAGGGUGAGAAGGCGAAGCCACCCACUAAGGCCCGGUCCUCCACUACCCGCUCCUCCUUCAAAGACAAAGACAAAGGGAACUCUGGUAACCUGCCCACCUCUUACUCAGCCAAGCCCGGCUCCAAGCCCACUGAUUCCCCUAAGUCCAGGCCCACCAAGCCUCCUCCCUCGAAACGAUCUGAACCCACGAAAUCUGGACAAGAUGAUCACAAAAAGAGGAAGCUCUCCGAGGUAAAUCCUGAAGGAGGUGGUAGGCAUCUUGUUCACAGGAUUUGGAAUGUUGCCGAAGAGAUCGAUCUUCUCAAAGGGUUCCUCGACUAUUCGAAGAAGUACCCGAACGGCCUUCAAGACCAUGCGGCCAUCUACGAGUUUGUUCAGAAGUCACUUAACAGUGACGGCAAUAAAUCUCAGACUCAGGUUUCUGAGAAGCUCAGGAGGCUCAGGUACAAGUACCAGAACAAUCUUGGGAGGGAGGAAGCAGGAAAAGAUGUUACCUUCAGGACCCCAGAGGAGCAGGAGGCUUAUGAGAUCUCUAAGAAGAUUUGGGCGGAUCUGAAAACUAGAGAGGACGCUGAAUUCGAAGAGAACAACUCCCAAAACCCUGUUUCGCACACAAAGAUGAGACACAAUUCCAAGGCAAAGGCAGUUAAGAAGGAGAAUGUUCAGAACCAUGUGGAGGGUUGUAAAGUGCCCGAACUGAUGGAUCUAGACUUGAGGUUGGUUAGUGAGUGGGUUCACCCUGGAUUUAUGCUAGAGUUCGGUGGGCUAGGGUUUGUUGGGGGGCAGGGGCUUGCGAAGAGGGUAUUGGGGUCAAUGGAUAAAUCGAAGUUGAAGACAUUGGAGGAGAAGUGGAGGAAGCAGCAGAUGUUGGAGAUGGAUGCCUACUUGAAGAGGGUGGAGCUGGUGCACGAGCAAACAAAGUUAAUGGUGGAAACGCUUGAGUCGAUGGGUUCAUAGUUCCACUUAUAGAUGCAAAGCUUUAGCUGAUUUUGAAUGGGAAAGUAUCGGUUGUUGCUUGGAAUUUUUGUAGGUUCUCCAAGUGUUGACAGUAGAGGUCCAAGAAGGAUGGGUUACUUUGAAUUCUAUUGCUGAACAAAGACAAAUCUUUUUUUCAAGAAACUGAGCAAGACAAUGUCAUAUUUUAAUCCAAAAAUAUUGUAAGGGAUAUAUCUCGUGUUUUGCCAUUUUGUGCUUCUCAAUUUGUAGCAGUUCAUAAUGCCUGACUUGAUAAUCUGAUUUUUAUCAGCAAUAAAAAUUGGUUUUAUGUUUUCUA